UGGUGGGAAGCAUUUGAGCUGGCAGGAAAAGCAGGUAGCCGAGUGCAGCAGGCAGUGUACACAGGGAUCACAGGUUACAUCUGGGAUUUUGUGAUGAAUGCUUAAUGGGCACGUUGAUUAGACAGGCAGAACUCUUCAAGCCAUUGUAAAUGUCACUGAAAGAAGUGUGGCUGAUAAGACACCAAAUAACUGCUUUCAUAAAGCUGCUCUUUGGCGUUGCAAUAUUUAAAGCCCAGAGAGAUAAUGGAGAGAAAACUGGACAAUAAAAUGAAAAGGGAAGUGUCCUGCUUAGCUACUUUAAACAACAAAAACAUAACCCUGGUGUCUAUUCGUAAGCAGCAGGCACCUCAUGAUGUGCCUGAACUACUGAUUAUUGGUGAGAAGUCUAAGACAGGAUCUCUGGUAAAAGCAAGCAGUAACUUGCAGAAAGAAGAUAAACUUUUGCAGAGUUACUCCAUGGGAAUGCCAGAAGUCAAUGCAGUUGAAAGACAGGUCAGUGAGCUGGCUUUGUCCAACACUGAUUCUCCUCCUGGCUGUGAGCUGGAGCCUACAAUGAAACACAAUUUUGCUUUUGACAACAUGGGCUAUGAGGAAAGCUUUGAACCUGUGCCCUCGUCAUCUUCCCAAGAACACACUGUGACAAUCAACGUUGUGGGGAUGACUUGCCAAUCGUGUGUGCAGUCAAUAGAAGGCCAAAUUUCUAAGGUGAAGGGCAUUGCGAGUAUUAAAGUCUCCCUUGAAAAGAACAGUGCUGUAAUAAAGUAUCUGCAGUCAGAAAUAAGCUCUGAACAGAUUCUCCAGGAAAUUCAGGGUAUGGGCUUUGAUGCCAACAUAGCAGAAGAGAGGUUGACAACAGCGACCGUAAAUUUGUCAUGCUUGAGAGAAGCAGUAGUUAAGCUUCGGGUAGAAGGCAUGACAUGCCAGUCCUGUGUCACCAACAUUGAAGGAAAGAUUAGGAAAUUGCACGGUGUGGCAAAAAUCAAGGUGUCACUUGGUAACCAGGAAGCAGUUAUUGCUUACUAUCCUUACAUCAUUCAACCUGAUGACCUCAAGAGCCAUAUCAGUAACCUGGGGUAUGCCUGCACUGUUAAAAGUAAAUCAGCUCCUUUGAAGCUGGGUGUCCUUGAUCUUGAGCGCUUGCAGAAUGCAAACCCCAAGGAGACACCAGCAAGUCUUGAGUGUGAUGGGGUGGAUCCCUCGGUCGCUGAGAUGAGUAGCAUAGCUACGGUGGCUGUACGGAUAGAAGGUAUGCACUGCAAGUCCUGUGUCAGAAACAUUGAAGGAAAUAUAUCAGAUCUUCCUGGCAUACAAAGUAUUCAAGUAUCUUUGGAACAUAAACGUGCUGUGAUACAGUAUAGCCCAAAUUUGAUUACCCUGUCAGCUUUGCAGCAAGGUAUUGAAUCCCUUCCACCUGGAAACUUUAAAGUAUGCCUCCUUAAUGGUUCAGAAGCAAAUAAAGGAGAAUCUUCAUCAUCCGCUUUCCUAUGCGAUCUCUUCAGAGAGCCACUGCAAGACACGACAUGCACAGCUGUUAUCAGGAUUGAUGGCAUGACCUGCCAUUCUUGUGUACAGUCUAUUGAAGGGACCAUAUCACAGAGACAAGGAGUGCAACAUAUAGCAGUUUCUCUAGCUGGCAGAACUGGGACCAUACAUUAUGAUCCGGCUGUCACUAAUGGAGAAGAGUUAAGAGCUGCCAUAGAGGACAUGGGGUUUGAUGCUUCUGUGCUGACAGAUACCGCCACUGGAGAACGUAGGCACCGGCCUGACACCAGCAAUGCUGCCGUGCAGCCUCAAGCUCCAGAACCUCCUCGCCACGGCUGUGGGUCAGCUGGUCUUCCAGACAUUCCUCACCUCGAUGUACCAAACCAGCCCAGUGGAGUGAGAGCGGAGAAGUGUUUUUUACAAAUCACAGGCAUGACCUGUGCAUCAUGCGUGUCUACCAUUGAAAGAAAUUUGCAGAAAGAAGAUGGAAUUAUAUCAGUGUUGGUAGCACUGAUGGCAGGUAAAGCAGAGGUAAAAUACAAGCCAGAAUUCAUACAGCCUCUUGAAAUAGCACAGCUGAUCCAGAAUUUGGGUUUUGAAGCUACUGUCAUAGAAGAUCAUGCAGAAACAGAAGGGAGUGUGGAGCUUCUUAUCACAGGGAUGACUUGUGCUUCUUGUGUUCACAAUAUUGAAUCCAAACUCAUGAGAACAAAUGGCAUAUUCUACGCCUCAGUUGCACUUGCUACUUGCAAAGCUCACAUCCAGUUUGAUCCUGAAAUUACUGGACCUCGAGAUAUUAUUAAAAUUAUUGAGGAAAUUGGCUUUCAUGCUUCUGUGGCUAGAAGAGUUCCAAAUGCACAUAACCUGGAUCAUAAAAAGGAAAUACAGCAGUGGAGGAAGUCUUUCUUGUGCAGCCUACUGUUUGGUAUCCCUGUCUUAAUCCUAAUGAUUUAUAUGCUAAUACCCAAUGGUGAGCACCAUGGGUCUAUGGUGCUGGAACAGAACCUCAUUCCUGGAUUAUCUAUUUUAAAUCUUCUCUUCUUUGUCCUGUGCACGUUUGUUCAGUUUCUUGGUGGAUGGUAUUUUUAUGUACAAGCUUACAAAUCACUGAAGCACAAGACAGCCAAUAUGGAUGUGCUCAUCGUACUGGCCACGACGAUUGCUUAUGUGUAUUCGUGUGUGAUCCUGGUGGUAGCGAUAAUUGAAAAGGCAGAGAAAAGCCCUGUCACUUUCUUUGACACUCCUCCGAUGCUGUUCGUGUUCAUUGCCCUUGGGAGAUGGCUGGAACACAUAGCAAAGAGUAAGACCUCAGAAGCUCUUGCUAAACUUAUAUCUCUACAAGCCACAGAAGCCACUGUGGUGACUCUUGGACCUGACCACUCUAUCACCAGUGAGGAGCAGGUAGCUGUUGAACUGGUUCAAAGGGGUGAUAUCGUAAAGGUUGUUCCUGGUGGAAAGUUCCCGGUAGAUGGAAAGGUCAUUGAAGGCAGUUCUAUGGCAGAUGAGUCUCUUAUUACUGGGGAAGCUAUGCCAGUCACUAAAAAGCCUGGGAGCACAGUGAUUGCUGGUUCUAUAAAUGCACAUGGCUCAGUUCUUGUUAACGCAACCCAUGUUGGUAACGAUACCACCCUGGCACAAAUUGUGAAAUUGGUGGAAGAAGCUCAAAUGUCAAAGGCACCCAUCCAGCAACUGGCAGAUAAGUUUAGUGGAUAUUUUGUUCCAUUUAUCAUCAUCAUUUCAACAGUGACAUUGCUAGUGUGGAUCACAAUUGGUUUUAUAAAUUUUGAUGUUAUUAAAAAAUAUUUUCCUAAUCAGAACAAACACAUUUCAAAAGCUGAACUAAUACUGAGAUUUGCGUUUCAAACCUCGAUCACUGUGCUGAGCAUUGCAUGCCCCUGUUCUUUAGGCUUGGCUACCCCCACAGCUGUGAUGGUGGGCACAGGAGUUGCUGCGCAGAAUGGUAUUCUCAUCAAAGGUGGAAAACCCCUGGAAAUGGCACACAAGAUCAAGACUGUGAUGUUUGAUAAAACUGGGACCAUCACCUGUGGAGUUCCUAAAGUCAUGAGAGUGCUUUUGCUGGGAGACAUGGCUGUGCUCUCUCUGAAGAAGGUACUAGCAGUGGUUGGCACUGCAGAAGCCAGCAGCGAGCAUCCUUUAGGAGUGGCAGUCACUAAAUACUGCAAAGAGGAGCUUGGCACUCAGAGCCUGGGAUACUGCACCGACUUCCAGGCAGUCCCAGGCUGUGGCAUCAGCUGCAAAGUUGGAGGUGUUGAGGCUGUCCUGGGCAUGGCUGAGGAGGGUCUCAGUAAGCUGGACGCUAACAGGAGCAGGGACAGCAGUGCUCCUCUGGGAGAUAAGGUGCUGAUCACGCUCUCGGAAUCACAUGGUCCAUCAGCUUCUCAUACAUACUCGGUGUUGAUUGGAAAUCGUGAGUGGAUGCGACGCAAUGGCUUGCAUAUUGCAAAUGACGUGAAUGAUGCAAUGACAGACCAUGAAACGAAAGGACAGACUGCCAUACUAGUGGCUAUAGAUGGCGUUUUGUGUGGAAUGAUUGCAAUAGCAGACACCGUCAAGCAGGAGGCAGCCCUUGCUGUGCACACGCUGAAAAACAUGGGAAUAGAUGUGGUGCUGAUAACCGGGGACAACAGAAAAACUGCAAAAGCCAUUGCUACUCAGGUUGGGAUCAAAAAAGUCUUUGCUGAGGUUCUUCCUUCUCACAAGGUUGCAAAGGUCCAGGAGCUCCAAAAUGGGAGGAGGAAGGUUGCAAUGGUUGGUGAUGGAGUCAAUGAUUCCCCUGCACUAGCCAGGGCCGACGUUGGAAUUGCAAUUGGAACGGGCACCGACGUUGCCAUUGAAGCAGCAGAUGUUGUUCUUAUCCGAAAUGACUUGCUGGAUGUAGUUGCCAGUAUUCACUUAUCAAAGAGAACAGUUCGAAGAAUACGGAUAAAUCUGAUUCUUGCCUUAAUUUAUAAUCUGCUUGGAAUACCCAUAGCAGCAGGUGUGUUCAUGCCUGUUGGCCUUGUGCUUCAGCCUUGGAUGGGAUCAGCUGCAAUGGCAGCUUCUUCUGUGUCUGUCGUGCUGUCUUCCCUGCAGCUGAAAUGUUACAAGAAGCCAAACACAGAAAGUUAUGAAGCACAAGCUCAAGGCCGCAUGAAGCCACUUACUCCUUCCCAAAUCAGUGUUCAUAUUGGAAUGGAUGAUAGGAGGAGGGAUUCAUCCAGAUCAGCUCCUUUGGAUCAGAUUAGCCAAGUGUCUCUCUCUUCCUUGACUUCAGACAAGCUACCGAGAUGUAAUGGUUUUGUUGAGGAGGAAGGGGACAAGUGGUCAUUGCUCAUGAAUGGAGGAGAUGAAGAACAGUACAUCUGAAGCACUGUAUUUUUAGUACUGGAGGAAACAUUCCUCCUCACUAGCGGUGGGAGGGACCGACACUUCAUCAAGAGUUUCAGGCCUCUAAGUGAAAACUUUCCUUCAGCUCAUAAAGCAAUUGCAACUCAGCUCAGUGCUGGGUUGUAUGGACUGUGGGUUUUUUUCAGGUCACCAGUUAUUUCUAGUCACAGAAAGAAUCUGUGACUUUAUAAUUAACUGGCUCCUUUGCACACAGCAAUUAGUGACAUAAUGUAAAAUUGUAAUUUUACAUUAUGUCUAAAAAUGCUGCUGUCUUCUGGACUGUUUGCUGGGCAUCAAAUUUCAUACUUUUCACUCUUUCUAACUUUACUCUUUUAAAAGCACAUGAAACAAAAGCAUUUUCAGAGCCGCCAAAUACCGUUCUCUGUCUCCAAGUGAAAAUAGCCAUGGCACAAGAAGCUCUGUGGUCAGAAGUUUUAUUUUUACACAGAAUCCUAACUAGUCAUGUCACUGUGAGAGCAUUUUGUAUUUAGGAUUCAUGUGCAUGUCCUUGGACCAAAAAAGCUUCAGUGUUUCACUGACUAUAAUUCUCUGACAGCUCUCUUUCAAUGCUUUUCACUUGCUUUCAGAUAUCACAUCCUUCUGAUGCACAUUUCCAUUGCUAAACUUGUUCUGUGAUUCCCACUGCUCUCCUAGAUUUUAUCUUUUGCUCCAUAUCAGCUGUUUUCCCCCUCUUUUUUUUUGUGCAAGAUAUCUUCUAUGAGUUACUUAUGUUUAUAGAUAUUUCUGUUUUGGAAAAACUCUGUUAAGUCACCAGGAACUUUUCUGUUCCUAUUGAUGCCCACAGAGGCAGAGCAAUUCCUGGUUCAAGUUAGCAUAUCAUUUUCCUGUGGAUACCUUGCAGGACCCCAUGAAGCUCCUGACAGUUGGGCAGUUAUCUGUGUCUUCCUUCUAGCAGAGUGAAGAAUUUAUGCCAGUGUGAACAAAGGUGGUACUUGCCAUGGUGUGACUGAGAACAGAACUAGCACUGGUGUGACUCCAGCAUGGCUGAAUGGAAUGAGUUUGUUGCAUAAGUUAAACCCAGGUUGAUGGCUGCUUAAAAUGGAGCCAAAAGUUUAAAUGGUAAAGGUAGAAAAACAGCCUUAAAAUGUGGGGCCUCUAUUUGCUACCAUAUAAAUAGCCUUUUCUGAUGACAGAGGACCUGAACUAAGAAUAUUUGUAAUAGCUUAAAAUUUGAUGUCAAUUUGUUUUGAGUUGUUUUAAAUUUUCCUCUUCGCUCGAGUUUAAUGAGAACCAGGGUUCUUCACUUUAACAUCUUUGCCAAAGCUUGCAGUAACUUUAUCACUGUGAAUGUCAAUUUCUUCCCUUAACACCUUUUAGAAUCACGGCAGUAGGAAUCAAUGACUUUGGUGCACUGAACCCAAUCCUGGGGUGCUGUGUUGCUCAGCUGUAGGACUCUGAACUAAGAAGACCAGAGUUUUAUAGUCUAAUCUAAAAAGUAAAAGAAGAGGACUUACCAUGCUAAACAAUGUGACAUAACCACUUACUUUCAAUAACUCAAAUAUAGAGCUGCUUCCAGUAUGGGUUCAAAUCCUGCUCUUCCUAAUGUGAAAAUGAAAAACAAGUCAGAGGGGAAAAGAAUUGUGCGGAAAGCAUUGGGCAGAUCUUCCUAUUAUCUCUUCCUCUUAGUAUUAACUUGAGCUCUCCUUAGUAAUCAUUGACGGCACUGUCUUAAAAAUAAUGACAAAUCAGUUUUAAAAUGGAUAAAAUCUCUUUAUAUGUGUGGAGACUACUUUCACAGCACACACACUUUUCAAACAUGUGGUAGGUGCCUACACAUGUCCCUGUGAGGAAGAUGGUUUAUUGUUUCACUGUUGUAUGUUUUCUUACCCGUGCUUACAGUAAAACUACUGUGUUAAAAAACAAAACCCCCAAAACCAACCAAGCAAACAAAUAACUUUGUGUCUUUGUUUUUCUUUUUUUCAGAGGGAUACAGAAAAAAAAAAAAAAGACUGUAAGCAGUGAUUGUUGGAUUGCAGGAUACAUAUGAUACAUAUGCACAAGAGAUUUUGUGACUGCUUUGUGAUCUAUUUCAGGCAGGAUAUAUAACAGGGGGAAAGGAGUGUUGAGGCACACAAUAUACAAUUGUAUAUUGAGGUACGUGAGGUUGCAAGCAUGUUGAAAGGUGAAAUUAGGAUUCAAAAUCGUCUUGAGAAUUUGGGCAGAACAGACAAGUUUUGCAAACAGGAAAGGGGAAUAGAGGUCAGCUUGGCAGAAAAAGGUCAGGUAGUUGGCUGGCAUUUCAUUUUGUGAGCCAUUAUAACAACAUAGUGAUGCUGAAAAAUGAACAGAAACAUUAAGAUGUAUAAAGACUAUAUCACAGAAUAAUUUAGGUUGGAAAAGACCUUUCAUAUCAUCCUUAUGACGUGAAAUACUUCUUUCUGUUCAGCUCUGAAGAGGCAUCGGCUGAAGUAUCAGGUCUAGUAUUGUGUGUCAUACUUGUUAGGAUAAACCAGAGGCAGUUCAGAGAAGAGCAGAGAUUUAACAGAAAUCUAGAGAACAUAAGUACAUGAGAAUGAGAAAUAGAAGAAAAUCGAAGGAGUUUGAGUAGGUUUGCCUACAGAAUACUCAAAGGAAAUACAAGUCUCCAAACAAAGAGAACAAUUUAUUCCUUUCAUGUUUUCAGUGUCUUUUGUGUUCGUGGUGGCUAGAACAAGAAAGAAUAGGCUUAUUGAAUCAAAGAAUAUUUUAGAUUAGUCGCUAGGGAGGAACCAUGUAACAGGAAAGAUUGUGGAGCGCUGGAAGAGAUUGCUGAGGGGGGUUCUUCAGAUGCGUGUGGCAAUCAGGCACGUACCUGAUGAAAAUGUGUUAGCUAAAGGUGAAUCCUGCCUUGGGGCAGAUGACUGUCCUGGACAAUCUCCUGACCUUCUCUCCUGCCAGGCUUUCUCUUCUUUCUGUGAACAUACUAUGAACUGGAAAAUUACUGGAGUAGAGGACUGAUCGCAAUAUCCUGCUCUCAAGAGGUGCCAAAGUACUGGAAGAAAGAUCAGCUUUGACUUUGUUUAAUAACUCAAAAGGAACUAGAAAAUACGUUAAGCUUUCCUAACUAUAUUUGCAUAAUGUCUUAGACCGUAAACUGCUGUGAAACUUGCAUAAAUGCCUAAAGGAAGUUGGAAUAACUACAGAUAGUCAAGAAAAAGAAAUCUAAGUGUAGUGCUGACACUUGUGAUCGUGUGCUCUUGUUAAACUGUUGAGCUUGAGCUGACUCGCUGGAGGGGCAUAUGAGGUGGAGGACAGCAUCUGCAUUUCUGUGUAACAUAAUUAUGAGCUUUCCUUAUCUUCACUAGGACCAUCCGCCUGUGGAGCCUCUGGCAGAGUGAAGUGCUGGCCUGUGGCUGGGGCUCCUCUGUGCUGUGAUCCCAGUCCAGUAAAAGGGCUGGAGGAAAGCGCCCAAGAGGACGGGCUCUUGGGGUAAUCCCUAAGCUCAGUGCCCUGGCUGCUCGCCAGUGCACCAUGCUUCUCCGUUUUCCCAUGACUAUUUAGAUGGAUUAGACAGUGUGGAGGAGCUUUUUAAAUCCCAGUUUUGGUCUUAGGCAUCUACAUUCUGGAUGUUCUCCCAACGUGACUCAGUCAUUGCUGAUCUGACUCUACAUGUUGAUAUAUCUGAUGAUUUAAAUGGGAUGUCUAGUUAUUUUGCCCUGGGAAAAGUUCAUGAGUCUUUUUCUGUAACUUUUUUCUUUAACGAACACAGAAGAUGUCUAAGGAAUCAGAUCUUUUAAUUUGGCUUUCAUGUUAUUUUUAGUGCAAUAGCUAAGGAGCAGUGUUUCCUGUGAAGCUUUUCAACUGUUUUCCUUCUCAUGCUAUAGUUUUGCCAUAAAAUUUUUUGGUGCCCUAGGUUCACAGGAAAUAAAUUAUUCCAUUUAA